GUUCAACAAUUAAAUUCAAAUAACUACUGUCGAGGCAGUAAGACGCAACUCCGGAUUGGCGCAUUUCGUGGUUUUCGGUUGUUAGUAGUGUUUAAAAUGUUCUUAUUUAGUGCAUUCAAUUUAUUUUAUUUCUUAUGUUUUACUUUGGGAUUCAUACUCAGUUAUAGCUUCUACACAAAGAAGCAGAAAUUCCAAAUUGUGGCCGCUAAAUUACCAACUGCUAACGGAAUUCCAUUCAUAGGAAUCGGUUAUGAGAUGAUACCACUAAAAAAAUUGUUCUACGUACUCGAUUCAUAUUUUGAGAAAUUUAAAAGCUUUACUUUUUUCACUUGGUUUGGUACAGAACCGUUUGUUGUCACAAUGGAUCCAGAAGUGAUAAAACAAGUUCUCUCAUCUGAUGAUUUCCUUAGUAAAUCCAAAUUUCUAUACACCCCCAUUGAUAAUGCACUACACGAUGGUAUUAUAACGAGUUCUGGAAAUAAAUGGAGGCAUAAUCGUAAACUAAUGAAUACUCUCUUUACUCAUAAUAUUUUAACAAAAUUUAUGCCGAUUUUUAAUAAUGGCACAAAAAAUGCAGUCAACAAAUUAAAUGAAUUCGUGAGUCAACCUGAAAUCCCUAUUUUUCAGAUCUUGAAACGAAUAGUUUUACAAAUUGCAAUUGAAACAACUAUGGGUAUUGAAAUUAAGGACGGCAAUAAAUCUGACGAAGAACUUGUGAACAUUUUUAACUUCAUUUUAGAAAACUGUGCACAGGAUGCGCUCUAUUCAUCAGUUCAUUUAGGGUUUCUUACUCAUACUCUCAAGUACCGAAGAUCGAAAAAAUAUAUCAGGAAAGUAGUACAAGAGUUAAUUAAUGUAAAAUUUCAAGAUAAACGUGAAAUCAAAACCGAACAGAAUUCUGAGACGGAAUUACCUAAGAAGAGCGAAAUAUUUCUUAACCAGGCAUUUGCAUUCCAUGAGCGUGGCCUGUUCGAACUUGAAGAUAUUAUAAUUGAAACCCAAACUAUGAUAGCAGGAUCAUUCGAAACUAUAUCAACCACAAUUUAUUCAGUGCUAGUUAUGUUGGCGAUGCAUACGGAUGUACAGGAGAAAGUUUAUGAAGAAAUUUUACAUAUUUGUCCCGAUGAAAAUGAAGAGCUCACUUAUGAAGUUUUGCAAGAAUUUCACUACUUGGACAUGUGUUUGGAUGAAACAUUGCGGUUAAUGCCUUCCAUACCAGUUAUUGGACGCAACGUAUUAGUAGACACAAAACUUCCAAAUAAUAUUCAUUUGCCUAAAGGCACCCAAGUUAUGAUACCAAUAUUUAAUUUACAUCGUAGGAAAGAUAUCUGGGGAGCACAAGCAAACGAAUUUAAUCCUGAGAAUUUCUCACAAGAGAAUGCAACUAAGCGUGACCCGUUUGCAUAUAUACCAUUUUCGAAAGGUUCAAGAAAUUGUAUAGGUUGGCGUUACGCAGAAACAGCAUUGCGAGUGCUGUUGAUUACUUUGGUGCGAAACUUCAAAUUCUCAACUUCUUUUCCGUAUAAGGAUUUAGAGUUUGUCGAUCACUUGAGUUUGCGUUACGUUGUCGAACCCAAAAUCAAAAUUUCUCUAAGAGAAUAAAAAAUAUUUUUU